AACACAUCUCAUCAGUGCUGGCCCCUUCUCUGCACAUCUCGAUCUGAUUGACAUCAGUGAGUGAGUGUCUGAAAGGGGAUAAAUCCAGGACGAGCCACGUCUCGGAUUCCAAAAAUUCUUCUUCAACUCGGCGAACAUACUGAAAGAUGGCUCAUACCAGCUGUGUUCUUCUACUUCUAACCGUCAGUUUCCUCCUGCAGAAAAAUAUCGAUGUGAAUGGUCUGCAGGACAACUAUUACAGCGAGUCGUGUCCAACCGCAGAAUCAAAGAUCCAGGAAGCAGUGAACACUGAGCUCGACAAGAACUUGAAGCUUGCUGCAGGCAUCAUUCGCAUGCAGUUUCACGACUGCUUUGUAGAGGGUUGUGAUGCGUCGGUGCUGCUCGAUGGCAAUAACACCGAAAAGCAUGCUCCCGUCAACGAGCAUCUCACAGGUUACGAAGUGAUUGAUGCUGCCAAAGCUGCUGUGGAGGCAGUAUGUCCUGGCGUGGUUUCUUGCGCAGACAUAAUAGCGUAUGCAGCUCGUGACAGCACUUUGAAGCUGAAUGGUACAGGCUGGGUGGUACAAGGAGGAAGAAAAGAUGGCACUGUGUCUUGUGCUGAUACUGCAGAGGCAGAGCUACCUCCCCCAACAUUUGCUGUCACUCAACUUAUCGACUCAUUCUCUAAGAAAGGCUUGUCAAAGAGACAGAUGGUCAUUCUUUCAGGAUCGCACACAGUUGGAGUGGGGCACUGUGACAAAUUUAUAGAACGGCUCUACAACUUCAGUGCAACGAACUCAACGGAUCCAUCGCUGAAUGCGACCUACGCCGAACAAUUGAAGCAAGAAUGCCCCCAGAACACAUUCAACACGACAAUCGAGAUAUUUAUGGACACAAUUACACCUGGAGAAUUCGAUUCCAACUACUACAAGGGCCUCACGCAGCAGAAGGGCUUAUUCACGUCUGAUCAAUCCCUUUUCGAAGAUCGUCGCACGAGAAGGAUAGUGAAGUCUCUUAUCAACGAGCGCCGAUUUGAUUCACAAUUCGGACAAGCAAUGCGAGCUCUGGCAGCGGUAGAAGUCAAAACACAAGGCGAAAUUCGGAGUGACUGCCGCAAGGUCAAUAGUUGAGGACGAUGAGAGGUCGAAUAGAUCUGAUUUUAGAUUUCCCAAAUGACAGACUAUCUUUCACUGCGUUAGACUCUGGGGAGAAGUAAUAGUAAAAACUUCUGGUGCAGGUCGGACUCUGCAGUCCCUGAUGUAUACAAAUUUUCCCAUUCU